GCAUGGCCUUACCUGCCUCUAAUACACAGUGCAAGCCAUUCUUUGACCCUGCGCCUCAAAUAGAACAAUAACACUCGGCACCUUCAAAGCCUUGAUCUCCCGCAGACGAUCCCUCGAUUUCCCUCAACAAGAAAGGAGAAGCCCGCAAUUCACAUCCGCACCCGCAGAACACACCGCUCGCCAUGCCAGCACCACUAGAAGAAGAAUCCCGGACGCCCGGUCACCACAUCGAAUUGGUCGACGACAAUCCCUCUCCGCGUCACGACGGUGAAGCCAGUCCCGGGCUUAGGGAUAGCAAGGGUUGGGAUGGGAAGCUGCGUGUGCCCAAAAGCGCCAUUCUCACAAACCCGGAAGCGCUCUCGGAUCCCGAGUAUUCAGACGAUGACAAUGUCGUACCUGGCGACGAGGUCGCUGCAGAUGAGGACCUGCUCGAUGACGAAGACCCCGAGACUGAUGAGAUCAUGUGCACCCACUCCCGAAUCAAGUCGAUUCCCGCCCUACGUCUCGAGCGCUUCAAGAAGGUUGCCCGUAUCUGCCUCCGCCAGAACCUGAUCCAAGACAUGGAAGGCUUCUCAUGUCUCGCCUCCACCCUCAACGACCUCGAUCUCUACGACAACCUCAUCUCCCACAUCCGCGGCCUAGACGACCUCACCAACCUCACCUCCCUCGACCUCUCCUUCAACAAGAUCAAGCACAUCAAGCACAUCUCCCACCUCACCAACCUCACCGACCUCUACUUCGUCGCCAAUAAAAUCUCCAAGAUCGACGGCCUCGAGGGCCUCACGAAGCUGCGCACCCUCGAGCUCGGCUCCAACCGCAUCCGUGAGCUCCAGAACCUCGACGCCCUCACGGCACUCGAAGAGCUCUGGGUAGCCAAGAACAAAAUCACCUCCCUCGCCGGCCUAUCGGGCCUCCCCAAGCUCCGCCUCCUCUCCAUCCAAUCCAACCGCAUCCGCGACCUCUCGCCACUGCGCGACGUCCCCCAGCUCGAAGAGCUGUACAUCUCGCACAACGCACUCGAGACCCUCUCGGGCAUCGAGCACAACACGCGGCUCCGGGUGCUCGAGGUGUCCAACAACCAGGUCGGGACGCUGGCGGACGGGCUGGGCCCGCUGGCGGCGCUCGAGGAGCUCUGGGCCAGCUACAACCGCGUCGCCGACUUCGCCGACGUCGAGCGCGCCCUCGCCGACAAGCCCGCCCUCUCCACCGUCUACUUCGAGGGCAACCCCCUCCAGCUGCGCGCCCCGGCCCUCUACCGCAACAAGGUCCGCCUCGCCCUGCCCCAGGUCCGCCAGGUCGACGCCACUUUUGUGCGGACGUGAGUGGGUGGGUUAUUGGCGAGGGGCUGCGUUGUUUUUGAUCUUUCGACAUUUAUCGCCGGGUGGUAUACCGCCCAGGGGGGCCAGUUGGGCAGGACAAGGGUUUCGUAGACAUGUAUGUAUAUAGCAAUAAUGCGCAACGACGGGUGGAGGGUAUGGCUCGACUCCUCAAAGGGGGAA